ACGCUCGGCGUGAAUCUCACACAGUCCACUCUCACUCAGAGCCUUCAGAUGUUUGUCCUAUUACAGCCUCAGCAGAUGUGGAUUUCUGCUCAAGCACAUUAUUGAAGUUUUAUUUAUUUGUAAACAGAAAGAAACUGAUGUUCAAUGUUGGAAGACGUACUUAGAAGAAGAAUUACUGAAUUGUUCUUUAUGCAUCAAGAUACCUCAGCGCUGGAGAAAAAAAUCUCCUUUCCUUCCUCCAAAGCUGCAGAUCUCCUGGAGACCCGCGGAGGUCGCUCUGCUCUCCGCUACGACUCUCCCUCCACUCCCCUCAUCCUCCCUCAGAUACUAACAGGACAGAAAGGGAAAAAAAAUCUGAUCAAGCUUUUCCGGUCUGCUAGCCCUAAUUUCCUCUCAAGAUCUCUGGCGUUGGAGCUGUGGGGACGCGCAGGCACAGAGAGGGCGAUCCUGCGUGAGGAGCAGCAAGGGGGAACUGGGGUAAUUAACGCUACCAGCACAACCCAGCACGCCUCUGUACGGCUACUCCAGACGUGACUCCAUCGGACAAUGCAUCCUGUCGGCGGGGUGAUGCGUCCUGGAAGGAGGAGUGUGUGAGGGGAGAGCAGAAUGGUUCGGCGGAUGAGAGCGCACAUACGGCUGCUCCGUGCUCUCCCGUCCGCGCGUCUCUGCGUCUCCGUGAAGCCGCCACAGAGCGACCGCCGAUGCCCGUCCUCCUCCUUGCCGCCCCGCUGCACCCACCUCCGGCUAUUUGUCCGACUCGUCAUUACAUAACUCGGCGUCUUUGACUUUAUUUUCCUAAAACCAGGAGUGGGAUGCAGGCGGACGCUACCCAAACUGGAUUUAAAGCCGGACUGUGCUGCGUUUGCCGUCGUGGAUUGAAGGACUAGCAGGAGACACAUAGUGGGUGGAAAUCUGAGUCCAGCGGUGAUGAGAGCUCACUCCGACUGGAUUUCGCUGGUGUGCUGCCAGAAGCAUCUGGAAAGGAUAACACGGGGAUACAUUCCCCCUCCAGAGGACAAUUCACAUCUCAGACAUUUCAGCUCAAAAGUCUUUUAGCUUGUGUUUUAAUGUGACAUAAGUUUAAUCACACUGGAACACUGGAAACCCACUACCUGUAUGUGACUGGAACACUUUGGGUUCAUAACAAGACUUCUUCUUUGCAGCAGUGGGUUGGACAUGUUGGAUAAGUGGCACAUUCAGUAAGUGAUUAAAGGACACGCAUCCUCACCCAGAAACCAGGACAGCUUUCCUCUGUAGUUAUGCAGUGAAGAUGUGCGCAGCCAGGUUCAGUGGCUGCCUCAAUGGCUGUGCCGAGGAGGCCGUCGGCGGAGCCGUGGGGCCAGUGGGUCCGGUCACAGCCUCCAGGAUGCUGGACUGGUCGGAGGCCGGUCCCCGCAUCCUCCACAGCCUGGAGAUGGGGACGGUGAUGACCCUCUUCUACCAGAAGAAGUCCCAGCGACCCGAGAGGAGAACCUUCCAGAUAAAGCAGGACAUGCGGCAGAUAGUGUGGAGCCGAAAUCCUGACAAAAUAGAAGGAGAGCUCGACAUACGAGAGAUCCGGGAGCUGCGGUUGGGAAAGGGCUCCCGUGAUUUUGAGCGCUACCCGGAGGAGGCCCGUAAACUGGACUCCGCCCACUGCUUCAUCGUGCUCUACGGGCUGGAGUUUCGCCUCAGGACUCUCAGCGUGGCUGCCUUCAGUGAGGAGGAGGUCAACAUGUGGAUCACCGGUCUCAACUGGCUGAUGAUUGACACUCAGAGAGCGCCUGCACCACAGCAGAUAGACAGGUGGUUGAGGAAACAGUUUGAAGUCAUGGACAGGAACCAUGAAGGAAGCAUCACGGUGAAGGAUGUGAAAGCUCUGCUGCCUCAGGUCAACUACAGAGUCCCCAACAUGCGCUUUCUCAAAGACAAGCUACAGGAGGUGGAGGCCAGGAGCGAUCUGUCGUACCCCAACUUUGCACAGCUCUACAGAACAUUGAUGUUUGACGCACAGAAGAGUAUUAUUGAGCAGCUGGAACUCUCCUUCCCUCUGCGGAAUGUUGACAGACCAGAGCUUUGUCAGAUCUCCCUGUACGACUUCCAGAAGUUUUUACAGAUGGACCAGAAGGACUCCUGGGCGUCAGAUCUCAGUCGUGUCAGAGAAUUCCUCAUGGGGUACGUGAGGGGUGGAUCGCAGCCUGAGCCGAUGCUACAACUUGAUGAGUUCCUGACAUUCCUGUUCUCUAAAGAGAAUUCAAUAUAUGACCCUCGACUUUCACCUGUUGUUCCGGAUGACAUGAAAAAGCCACUGUCUCAGUAUUGGAUCUCCUCUUCGCACAAUACCUACCUGACAGGUGACCAGUUUUCCAGUGAAUCAUCUCUAGAAGCCUACGCCCGCUGCCUGAGGAUGUGCUGCCGUUGCAUUGAACUGGACUGCUGGGAUGGACCUGACGACCUGCCAAUCAUCUACCAUGGACACACUUUAACCUCCAAGAUCAAAUUCCUGGAUGUGCUGCACACCAUCAAAGAACACGCCUUCGUCACAUCUGAGUAUCCGGUGAUCCUGUCCAUCGAGGACCACUGCAGUGUAGUCCAACAGAGGAACAUGGCCAUGAACUUUAAGAAGGUGUUUGGAGAUCUGCUUCUCACCAAGCCAGUCGACAGCAACGCAGAGGAGCUUCCCUCACCGUACCAGCUCCGAAGAAAGAUCCUUAUCAAGCACAAGAAACUGGUGGAAGGUACGCUUUAUGAGGAGGUGACAUCAGCCAGCUACUCUGAGAACGACAUCAGCAACUCUCUGAAGAACGGCAUCCUUUACCUAGAAGACCCUAUCGACCACACAUGGACUCCACAUUAUUUUGUCCUGACCAGUAAUAAGAUUUACUACUCAGAGGAGACGUCUCACUACCAGACAGCUGAUGAAGAAGAGGAGGAUGAAGGAAAAGAGGAGUGUAACAACAACGAGCAGCACUGUGCGGAGCGCUGGUUCCACGGGAAGCUGGGUGGAGGUCGCGAUGGUCGACAGGUGGCGGAGAAGCUCCUGCAGGAGUACUGCGAGGGCGGGGCCAAAGACGGCACCUUCCUGGUUCGGGAGAGUGAGACGUUUGUUGGAGACUACACCCUCUCAUUCUGGCGCUCUGGUCGAGUCCAGCACUGCAGGAUCCAUUCGCGUCAGGAGUCUGGCUCCACCCGCUUCUACCUGACCGACAACCUGGUGUUUGACAGCCUCUAUCGCCUCAUCUGCCAUUACAGAGACACGCCUCUACGCUGCAACGAGUUUGAGAUGAGGCUGGGCAGCCCCGUACCUCAGCCCAACGCACACGAGAGCAGAGAGUGGUACCACUCCAGUCUGUCCCGUGUUCAGGCUGAACACAUGCUGAUGCGUGUUCCCAGAGACGGAGCUUUCUUGGUGCGAAAGCGCAGCGAACACAACUCCUACGCCAUCUCCUUUAGGGCGGAGGGUAAGAUCAAACACUGUCGUAUCCAGCAGGAAGGCCGUCUCUUCAUGUUGGGCAGUUCGGCAGAGUUUGAGAGUUUGGUCGACCUUGUGAGCUACUAUGAGAAACAUCCUCUGUACCGCAAGAUGAGGCUCCGUUACCCGAUCAACGAGGACACUCUGGACCGGAUGGGCACCACGGAGCUUGACUAUGGGGCGCUGUAUGAGGUCCGCACUCCUCAUUUCUACGUGGAGGCUAAUAAGAUGCCCACAGCACGGUGUACAGUCAAAGCUCUGUAUGACUACCGAGCCCAGAGGGAAGACGAGCUCUGUUUCCCCAAACAGGCGCUCAUCGUCAACGUGGAUAAGCAGGAGGGCGGCUGGUGGCGAGGUGACUAUGGAGGAAAGAAACAGCUGUGGUUUCCAGCAAACUACGUGGAGGAGGUUCCCAGCUCUCCCACCAGAGAACUGGAUGAAGCAUCCACAGAGAACAGUCCUCUUGGAACAUUCCUCAAGGGCUUCAUUGAUGUACCAACCUGCCAUGUAGUGGUGCACAAGGAUGGGAAGAAUUCGCGGCCCUUUGUAUGCACAAUCCAUUCCCAGCAGCUUUCAUCUCACCCAGUUCAGACCCUGGAUGUGGCAGCUGACAGUCUGGAAGACUUAAACAGCUGGGUCAGCAAGAUCAGAGAGGCUACACAGAAUGCUGAUGCACGGAUGCAGGAGGAGAAGCAAAUGGAGAGGAGGAAGAAGAUCGCGGUGGAGCUGUCCGAGCUCGUGGUGUACUGCAGACCGGUCCCCUUCAAUGAGGACAAGAUCGGGACGGAGAGGGCUUGUUACCGGGACAUGUCCUCCUUCCCAGAGACGAAGGCAGAGAAGUUUGCGACACGCAGCAGAGGGAAACGCUUCCUGCAGUACAACCGCCGUCAGCUUUCAAGAGUUUAUCCCCGAGGACAGAGGCUGGACUCGUCCAACUACGACCCUCUGCCCAUGUGGCUCUGUGGCUCCCAGCUGGUCGCGCUCAAUUUCCAGACUCCAGAUAAACCGAUGCAGCUGAACCAAGCCUUGUUCAUGCUUGGAGGUGGCAGCGGCUACGUUCCCCAGCCUGAUAUCAUGAGGGACGACACCUUCGACCCUUUUGACAAGGACACCUUACAUCUGGAGCCAAUCACUAUCCAGUUGCAGGUGGUGGGAGCUCGUCACCUGCCUAAAAAUGGUCGCAGCAUCGUCUGUCCCUUUGUGGAGGUGGAGAUCUGUGGAGCUGAUUACGACAGCUGCAAGUACAAGACAGAUGUUGUAGCUGACAACGGUCUGAAUCCCGUGUGGGUGCAGAAGCAGUUUGUGUUUGACAUCCACAACCCCACCUUCUCCUUUCUGCGCUUCACUGUCUACGAGGAGGACAUGUUCAGUGAUCCUAACUUCCUGGCACAGGCGACCUACCCUGUUCGUCUGCUACGGACAGGCUACAGGAGCGUCCCUCUGAAAAACAGUUACAGUGAAGAGCUGGAGUUGGCAUCACUUCUGGUCCACAUAGAGAUCGUCAAUGCAAAGGAGGAAGAUGACGAGAACAUGUACAUGUCCAUCCAGCGGCUGCGGGAUCGAACCAGCGAGCUGUCAAUCCAGGUUUCCCUCCUUGAGAGGUCAGGCUCAGGAGAUCUCAGCUACCAGCAGAGUCUGGAAGAACUCAGAGCGGCUCAGGACCAGCUGAGUGAGCUGGUGGAAGCUCGAAACCGCAGGCUGAUGGAGAAGAAGAGGAGGGAGAAGCUGAGGCAGCAAGCCGCGUCAAAGCGCAGCUAAUCUUGCCGCCCACCAGAGAGUGCUAAACUGCAAUGCUGAGCAGCGGCAGCCUGAGAAGGAAAACAGGCUCUCUACAGCCGCGGCAUGCAAUCCAACUAACCGGAAACAAAAACAUGUUUCUUCACAAUAAAAAGUGAAGUUUUAUAACACCGUGCUGUUCUAACAGCAGGGGGAAAGUGACAGACAGAAGCAUCUCAUGGACUCACAAAACUAAGCUAUAAAAACAAUCAUGGGCUUGAGGCUGAACGUACUAAGAGCAAAAUAGAGAUCAGGUUAUGAUUAGAACUGAAACAAUAAGUUAAUUAGUCGACCUGAGUAUUUUAACAAGCAAAAAUACCAAACAUUUGCUGAUUCCAGCUUUUCACUUAGGGUUAGGAUUUUGUGCUUUUGUUAUUAUAUUAUGUGAUAAAAUUUGGGGGGUUUUGAUUGUUGGUCAGAAAAAGAACUAUUUGAAGAUGCCACCUUGAGCUUUGGGAAAGCCUAACAAGCAUGUUCCUGAUAUUUUAUGGUCAAAACAAGUAGUCGAUUAUUUGAGAAAGUAAACAAGAGACUAAGAUUAUGAAAAUGGCAGUUCUAAUCAUGAUACGUAACCCUUAAUACAGUGAAUGCCAGCUAAAAAAGCAAAUCUGCUGCUGGCCAACCUCCAAGCUAGACAUUUAUAGCACAUUCUGUCCAUUUUUACAGCCAUCAAGUUUCUAAAAUAUUGGCUAAGUUCAGACUGCAGGCCAUAGUGACCAGUGUGAACAGGCCAAGUCACAGGGAAUCUGAUCUUUUCCAGUUCGGAUUUGAGAGAGAGAGACAAAGUGUUUUAUAGGGCAGAUGUGUUGUACAGCGCCAGAAACCAUCACGAAAUGAACAGAAAGUUGUGAACAUUUAAUUCGGGAGAAAUGUCACCCGUGAGAGGACAAUGAAAAAUGUGAGUCUCCCGUAAGCUAACCUCUGUUGCUCCUUGUUUACUUCUAUAGUGCAUGUGGGUCACUUUCAAGCUACACACUGGAGUCUGAUAUAGGCUACAUUUAAACAAUAAUGUGAACUGGCAAACAAACAAAAACAAACAUCUGGGGAAAAAAUAAAUAAAUCAUAAUUAAGCAUUAAGGCCUGCAGUCUGAACGUAGACUUAGAUGUUUAGGCCUGGCUGCUUAUUGACACCUUUUGAAACUGGAACUUUUUUGUGUAGAUGGUGAUAUAUCGCGCCAUAACACUGAACUGAAAAUAACCGAUGCCUUGGGAAAUUAAGUUCUCUUACUGUGUUUUAGUCUUUAGUAAGAAAAGCGGGAUAUUAAAAAGGGAGAAAAAUCUCAGGUUACACAGAUGGAUGGAAAAAGGGAGCAGUGGGCACACAGCAAAAAGGAAAUGUCAUGUUUGUGCCUUUGAUGUUUGUUGAGUACAAUAACUAAUGUUUGCUUUCUCAAUAACUGGAAUAGUGGCCCUUUAGGGAAAACUACUAACAAACUGGAGGAAGAAUAUUCACUCCUUUGGCUCAGACCACUACUCAUAAACUGAGUUUAAAAGGGAUUUAAAGACUGACUUAAAGUCUGUUCCUCCUAAUCAAGACUAAGUCUUUUUUAUGGGGGGGUGAUCACAUGACUCUGCCCCCAGAGCACAAACUGGACAAACAACAUCCUCACCGAGAAGAUUUUUACUACUUCUUUAAAAGGGCUCAAAAUACUGUAAUCUAUACUACCUUCAAAGAGAACAGCGAUGGUGGGGUAGGAGGAGAGCGCCACCUGGAUGUCACCGGCACAGGAACUCAGGUGUGCUCGACAAACAAGGGCUAUUACAGAAAACUAGCAAAGCACUCUUUUACCUUCUGGCUCAGAUUUCUCGCAGGUCACAUCUGAACCACACGACAAGGAUAAGUUCCCAUCAUAAUCACCUGGUCCUGGAUCUGCCAAAAGCAGUUUAAAUUCAACCCCACUGCAUGGCUUCAUAUCCAUUAACCCCCACCCCUAACAUCUCAUUGUAUAUAACUUUUUAUUUAUCAAACAGUUGUCCUGUUUUAAUACAUUAAAAAAAAACAUACUCGAAGAAUGAUAAUGGACUUCAGAUUGAAGAUACUGUAACUUUAUGUAGAAAUUAAUAUUGUGAAUCUGGCGCUCCCUUUAAAUGUCCCCAUAGACACCUCUUUCUCUCUACGCUAUAAUUGCACUGGGUAGGGACUUCUAUGCAAAGACCGUCUUCUUGGCCUAUAGCCAUUGUAUUAGGCAAUUUGACUCAAGUUGUGUUUUCUCUCUGUAUCUAUGCUAAUGGUCCGUAUUACUCUGCAUUACAAAUCCUGUGCAAGUUUCCAUUUAAUAAAGCUCUUUCAUGUA